AUGAAUACUUUUGGAGAAAAUGUGUUGGAGGAUGCUACAGUUCAAGAAGUUCUUCAGACAGGAACUGACUUAAGAAAAUAUUCUGCAGAAAUAGAAAAAGAGUUAAAAGAUGUUGAAAAUAAAUCUAUUCAAGAUUACAUAAAAGAAAGUCAAAAUAUUGCAAGUUUGCAUAAUCAAAUAUGCGAUUGUGAUAAUAUUCUCGCUCAAGCUGUAACGCACCCACUUAGUCAAUUUAUUGAUGAUAUUAGUGUAUCUGAAACUCUUAUUAAUUCUAUUUUAGACAUUCCAGUAGUGGAUAAAGCUUUCAUAUCCCAGUUGAUGAUAUUAAAUCAUAAAAUUAAUUUUGUCAAAGAACAAAAUUUUAAAGAUGCAAAAUGCAGCCAAGAUGUUAUGGAAGUUUUAGAAAAAUUACGAAUAAAAGCAGUUACUAAAAUUAGGCUCUACUUAUUAGAACAAGUUUCUAAAUUUCGAAAACCAUUGGCUAAUUAUCAGGUGCCGCAGAGUGUUUUGCUUAAAAAUAAAUUUCUUUUUGAAUUUUUAAUGGGUCAAGAAAGAAACACUGCAGCAGAAAUUAGUAGCGAAUAUGUUGAAACAAUGAGUAAAGUUUAUUUUUCAUAUUUUAAGUCUUACGAUUCUAGACUAAUGAAACUCUCGUAUGAAGAAGCUGCUACUAAAGAUGAUUUGAUGGGUAUCGAGGAUACCGGAUCAAGAGGAGGUUUAUUUCAUAAAGCUACAUUGAAACACAAAACAACAGUUUUUACAAUCGGUAAUAGAGGUGAUAUUUUAACUACUCAAAUAGAAGCUCCUGUCAUAGUACCUCAUGCUGCUCAAAAGUCUGGAACAAAAGUAACAUUGUUUAGAAGCGAACAAUAUGCUUUAUUAGACAAUGCUUGUAGGGAAUAUUUAUUUUUAAGCGAAUUUUUUGUCGUAAAAGGUAAAGAAAUGGGGCCCCAUUACGUUGCUAGACGGUAUGCCGAGCUUAGUGGAGCAAUGAUUGGAUUAAGUGAAAGUUUUCCCAACGAUUUAGUUAACGAUUUGCUAACACAAUUACAAGAAGAAGUAGAAUUAUUCAUUUUAAAAAUGGCGGCCGUGUUUCAACAGAGAAAAGAUCAAUUAAUUUUUUUAAUAAAUAAUUACGAUAUGAUUUUAAGCGUGUUAAUGGAAAGAACAAAAGAUCAUUGUAAAGAAGCAGAAGCUUUUAGAAAUCAAUUGACGACGAGAUCAAAUGAAUACGUGGAAGAAAUUCUUUCACCACAUUUCGGGGGUAUUAUUCAAUUUGUAAGAGAAAGUGAAAGCAUGUUAGAAAAAGAACAACAUGAUGAAUUGAAACAUUUAGAAAGAAAAUCUUUACAACUUGUACAAUCUUUUUCCAACACUUGGAAAAAAUCAUUAGAAGAAUUACAAUCUGAAAUUCUUAGAUCUUUUCCAUCAUUGGUUACCGGUGGAGCUUUGUUACAAUUAGCAUUAACAACACUUGUGCAAUAUUAUCAUAGAUUUCAUAAACUUUUAACUCCAAAUGCAAAAAGUCAAUUGACUAAUAUACAUCAUAUAAUGGUUGAAAUAAAAAAAUAUAAAACUAAUUUUUAA